AUGGGUUCGAGCUUCAGGAGUGAGGAGAUGUGCCUGACGCAGCUCUUCCUGCAGUCCGCUUCGGCUUACGACUGCAUCAGUGAGCUGGGAGAGAUGGGCCUCGUUCAAUUCAGAGAUCUGAACCCGAACAUCAGCACCUUCCAGCGCCGCUUCGUCAGCGAGAUCAAGAGGUGUGAGGAGAUGGAGAGGAUUCUGGGUUACCUCCUUAGGGAAAUCAAGAAGGCUAAAAUAGCAGUUCCAGAGCCUGAAGUCAGUCCUGCAGCUCCUGCACCUAAACACGUUCUGGAGAUCAUGGAGCAGCUCCAGCGAUUGGAAGUGGAGCUCGGUGAGGUCACUAAGAACAAAGAGAAACUUCAGAGGAACCUGCUGGAGCUCACCGAGUACACCCACAUGCUCCGAAUCACUCACACCUUCAUGCACAGCCGCUCCAGGGUGCGACAUGAAGCUCUGGGACCACAGUAUGAGGAGUUUCCAUCUCUGGAGGCCGAGUCAGUUGCAGGUUGCACCGGUAUGCAAAGACUGGGGGCCAAACUGGGGUUCAUCUCCGGGCUGAUCCAGCGGGUGAAGGUGGAGGCGUUUGAGCGCAUGCUGUGGCGAGUGUGCAAGGGUUACACCAUACUCAGCUAUGCUGAGGUGGACGAGAGUCUAGUUGACUUUGACACUGGUGAGAUCAGUAAGAACGUGGUGUUUCUCAUCUCAUUCUGGGGGGAUCAGAUCGGUCAGAAAGUCCAGAAGAUCUGUGACUGUUACCACUGUCACCUGUACCCUCACCCGGAGACUGACGAGGAGAGAGCCGAUAUAAUGGACAGUUUAAGGACUCGCAUCCAGGACCUUCACAAUGUGCUGCACAGGACGGAGGAGUACCUGAAGCAGGUGUUACAGCGGGCGUCGGAGUCGGCUCAUUCCUGGGUGCUGCAGGUGAAGAAGAUGAAAGCCGUUUAUCACAUCCUGAGCCUGUGCAGCUUCGACGUCACCAACAAGUGUCUCAUCGCCGAGGUGUGGUGUCCCGUCAGCGACCUGUGCAACCUGCGGGGGGCGCUAGAGGAGGGAUCGAGGAAAGGAGACGCCACCGUGCCCUCGUUCGUGAACCGGAUCCCGAGUAAAGACACGCCGCCGACGCUGCUGAGGAGCAACAAGUUCACGCACGGAUUUCAGAGCAUCGUGGAGGCGUACGGCGUCGGGGAUUACCGAGAGGUUAGUCCAGCUCCCUUCACCGUCAUCACGUUCCCCUUCCUGUUCGCGGUGAUGUUCGGGGAUCUCGGACACGGUGCCGUCAUGACCCUCUUCGCUCUGUGGAUGGUGGUGACCGAGAAAAACCACAACCGGAGACGGUCAGGAAAUGAGAUCUGGAACAUGUUUUUCGAGGGUCGCUACAUCAUUCUGAUGAUGGGCGCGUUCUCCGUCUACACGGGACUCAUCUAUAACGACUGCUUCUCCAAAUCCUUCAACAUAUUCGGCUCGGGCUGGAACGUCAAAGCCAUGUUCACCCAGCAGCAGUGGACAAAUGCCACGUUGCAGUCGAAUGCGUACCUCGCUCUGGAUCCUAACGUGUCUGGAGUUUUUACCGGGCCCUACCCCAUCGGCAUUGAUCCGAUUUGGAACCUGGCGACUAACCGUCUGACCUUCCUGAACUCGUAUAAGAUGAAGAUGUCGGUCAUCGUGGGCGUCCUGCACAUGAGCUUCGGUGUGGUCCUCAGUGUUUUCAACCACCUACAUUUCGGCCGGCGCUUUGAUCUCUACCUGCUCUUCCUGCCCGAGCUGCUCUUUCUUCUCUCUCUCUUCGGUUACCUGCUGGUUCUGAUCGUCUAUAAGUGGUUGUGUUACUCCUCCAGCGAGUCGCGCUCGGCUCCCAGCAUCCUCCUGCACUUCAUCAGCAUGUUCCUCAUGCAGACCAGCAGCGCCGAGCCGCUCUACCCCGGACAGAUGGUGCUGCAGGUCUUCCUGCUGGUGGUGGCGCUGCUCUGUGUACCGGUGCUGUUACUGGGAAAACCGCUCUACCUCUACUGGCUGCAUCACGGCACCAAGGGCCUCCGAGUACGCAGGGGUUAUGAGAGAGUACGGCGUCAGAGCGAGGACGACGUUCCCCCGCCCGUGGUCCUUGAUGAAGAGGAAGGACUGGAGGAUCACUUGGGGCGAGACACCAAAACACACCCGUUUGAUUUAGGAGACGUCCUGUUACACCAGGCCAUUCACACUAUAGAGUUCUGCCUGGGCUGUGUGUCUAAUACAGCAUCGUACCUGCGACUGUGGGCCCUGAGUCUCGCUCAUGCACAGCUCUCUGAGGUGUUAUGGGCGAUGGUCCUGCGCGUCGCCCUGAGGAUCAGUUCCCGUCUGGGUGUGAUGCUUCUCACUCCUGUAUUCGGCGUCUUCGCUCUGCUCACCAUCUCCAUCCUGCUGAUCAUGGAGGGUCUGUCUGCGUUCCUGCACGCGCUGCGUCUGCACUGGGUGGAGUUUCAGAACAAAUUCUACAGCGGCACUGGGGUUAAAUUCGCCCCGUUCGACUUUUCCCUCCUGCCCUCUGUGUUCGAACAGGAGGGGUUACUGUGACCGCUGGGAAACUGUCCGUUCCUCAGCUGGUCCUUCAAAACUCACUCCUACUGACGGACCAUCUCAUCAGACUCAACAAAAAACACGGCUUAUUUAUAACGACUGUAUGGCCAAAAGUAUUGGGACGCCCCUUUUAAUUACUGAGUUCAUGUGUUUCAGCCACAACAGCUGCUAACAAGUGUAAUAAAGCAGCAACACUUUAGGGAAGGCUCUUUAAUGUGCACAAAGCAAUCUCUAUAAAGACAUGAAAAAAAGCUUGGUCUAAAAAAAAUUGACUAAACAGCUUUGGAAUGAACCGGAACAUCAACUGAGGCUUUUUAAACUAAUUGAGCACAAAUUCCCAUACACAGACAAAAGCUUCACAAGACUUAGAGAAGUGUGUCUGUGUAUGGGAAUCACACAGAUCACACAGAGGUCGCUCUGUUUUUAAAACCAGAUGUCCAGCAAGCUCACGGUCAGGCGUCCGAAUACUUUUGGCCGUAUAUCGUAUCAGUGGUACUGAGACGCUGAGCUCAGAUGUUUAACCCUCAUUCAUUUCCAUCAUAUCAGAUCAGACCUCCGAAGUGCCAUCGAGUAUUUUUCAACGAACAGUUUUUGUACGUCGCACUUGAACUCGGAGCACGUCGGCCAGCUGUGGAUUUUAAGCUUGUAUGCGCACAUCGCAAGUCGAGGAACAUCAAACGGCAUCAUAACUUCCUGUCUAAAGUAAUCGUAAUGGGUAGUAAAUAAAACACAACUUUCAGCCACAUUUUUUCUGGAUCUGGUCCUCGUACCAGACUCGGCACAGUUUUUACACCUUUCUGACAUGAUCCUCCUACUUCUAUCCGGGCUUGGGACCUGCACUGAGAGAGGACACAAUCUGGUCUGUGCAGAUGCCUGACUGGCCAAUAGCACAGCUGAGAUUUGAACCCAGGAUCCCUGGAUCUCAGUAGCGAUGUGCUAGUGUACUUUACCGUUGCGCCACGUGAGCGCCUGCUGUGCCAACCACUUAAAUAUCAUAAAGACACUGUAUUUUUUUCAAAUGGUCUUACAGUUAAGACAGUCCAAGUACUUAUGGGCCCUUUUAGCCAGAGGGUGACGCUGGACCCACUGUGACCGAUCAAAAAAGAUUACAAUUCUAUAAUUCCAUUUGCGUCCGAUUACUUUUGACAGGAAAGAAACUCCAUAUAAAUUUCACCCUAGAGUUUUCAUUUCAUUUUUUCAUCCAAUAAUUAAUAAUCAGUAAUAAAAGAAUAUUUACAAAAAA